AUGUCAGCAGAAGAUUACAAGAACUUACCAGUUACCGUUGAAAAGCCUAUUCCCGUGGUAUACGAUCUAGGUAACCUGGCAGCUUUCGACAGCAAUGUCUUGGAUAAGAACGAUUUGGAUUCUUCGAAUGCUAAGCGUGAAGAAAAAAUAAAGAGCCUUACUCGUGAUAAUGUUCAGCUGCUAAUCAAUCAAUUAUUGUCACUACCUAUGAAGACAACAACGGAGUCUGCGGGUGGUACUAGCGGUCAAAGUUCUGUAAUGACCUUAUUACAGCUUCCUGGUACUACCACUGACUUACCAAGAGAAAAACCAUUACCAAAGGCUAAAGCUAUGACCAAGUGGGAGAAGUUUGCAGCUAAGAAGGGUAUCAAACCAAAGGAAAGGGCAGGCAAGAUGAUUUAUGAUGAGGCAUCCGGUGAAUGGGUUCCAAAAUGGGGCUACAAAGGCGCAAAUAAGAAGUUAGAUGAUCAAUGGCUGGUGGAAGUUGACGAUAAGGUAAAAGGAACUGAAAACGAAUUGAUUGAUCCAAGAACUUUGAAUAGAGCAGAAAGAAAACGUCUAGUCAAGAAGAACGAAAAACAACAAAAGAGAAACAUGAAGAAUGCUUUAUGA